GUGGUUGGAAAGGUUCGGCCCGGGCGGGUGCGGUCCGGCUGCCGUGCUGUUCAUUCGCCCCCGCGGGCGCGGGGAACGAAGGCGAGAUCCCCUGUGGCUGCGGUUCCCGGAGCGCCAGCACGAGGAUGGGCUCCCCCAGCUCCCCCGGGAAGUUCGCCCCCGGCCGCUGAACCCGCCCGGAGCCCCCCAAAGGUUUGAGCGGUGUCGUGUCCCCGGGGAGGAGGAGAGCGGGGCAGGGCCGGCCGGGCCCGCGGGCAGCAUGGACCAGAGCGUGGUGGAGCACCCGGUGACCCUCAUCAUCAAGGCCCCCAACCAGAAAUACACCGACCAGACCAUCAGCUGCUUUCUGGAGUGGACUGUGGGCAAGCUGAAGUCCCACCUCUCCAAGGUGUACCCCAGUAAGCCGUCUACAAAGGAUCAGAGACUGGUGUAUUCUGGCAGACUGCUUCCUGAUCAUCUGCAGCUGAAAGAUGUUCUCAGAAAACUCUUCAAUUUCUUUAAUUUUCAGCAAGAUGAAUAUCAUAUGGUUCACCUGGUAUGUACAUCUCGGACACCUCCAAGUUCACCAAAACCCAGCACCAGUAGAGAAGGUCACGGAGCGUCAACCUCCAGCAGUAGCUCAAAUUUAGACCGUUCUGGAUCAACUGCUGCCUCGUCCACAAACCAAGAAGCUGCUUCUACAUCUUUGAACACUAGUGCAGAUGGAGUGAGACAUCGUAAUCUUCCACAAGCACAUAGCAAUCCCACGCCAAGCCACCAGUUCCCUUAUUUAAUGCAAGGAUGUCCUGGUUUACUACAGUUCACUACAUCAAAAUCUUUCGGGAAAGAGUUGGAAAUCUUGCCAAAACAUGCUAUAUGCUCUAGGAGCAAUAUAGGCAACCAGUUUCCAGGCCAAGGUGUUCCUGCUGGAUUUUCUAUGUAUCCUGCAUUCAGUCCCUUACAGAUGAUAUGGUGGCAACAGAUGUAUGUACGUCAGUACUACAUGGAAUACCAAGCUGCUGUUUCAGCCCAAGUGACUUCCAGCACUGAGCCAGCAAGAUCUGCAGUUGCCCAGGCUGUAAAUUCAGAACAUGCUCCUGCAAAUGAGCCUGCAGCAGUGCCAAAUGUAGCUGUCCAGGAGAACAGGCCUGUAAACCAAAAUGUUCAGAUGAAUGCACAGGGUGGUCCAGUAGUGAAUGAAGAGGACUUCAACCGGGACUGGCUGGACUGGAUGUACACAUUCUCUAGAGCAGCAAUUCUUCUGAGCAUUGUAUACUUCUAUUCUUCUUUCAGUCGGUUUGUCAUGGUAAUGGGAGCCAUGCUGCUGGUUUAUUUACACCAAGCUGGAUGGUUUCCCUUUAGGCAAGAGGGAGGCCAACAACAGGCAGCCAAUAAUGCAGAAGUGAACCGUGAUGGGCAACAUGCAAAUAAUCCUGAUCUUGAAGAGAUGGAGCGACUUAUGGAUGAUGGGAUUGAUGAAGACAACGGAGAAGAUGCAGGUGAAGAUGGCAAUACAGAGCAGCAGCCUGGAUUCAUGGCUUCUGCUUGGUCCUUUAUCACAACCUUCUUCACAUCACUGAUCCCUGAAGGGCCUCCACAGGUUGGCAAUUAAAGUGGAAAAGGAACUGUGUCAGGCAACCUCAGUAGCCAUACGUAGAAGUGGAGCAGAUCCUAGAGAGUGUUCUAAAUACAGUGCAAUUUCUGAAAAUUUAUAAUGUUUUCUUUUUGAUCAUGGUGUACAAAACUGUGUAUUUUUUUUUCUUUUGGCUUUCUCAUGCAUUGAAUAUUUUAAGCACAAGUGGACUACUAAAUGCUUUCUUUAAGAUUCUUCUUUUUCUGAAGAAUAAAAUGUAAAGAUAUUUGUCUUCCAUGUUUUGUUUUAAUUUCAAAUGUGUGUUACACUGAGGCAAAGAGCUUGUAUGUAAUCUGCACCAUUACCUCUUUAAAGAGCUGUUAAGACUAUGAAUGUUGACAGACCUUUCCAAAUGCUCUCUAUUUAUCUGAAUAAUGUAUCUUGUGUUAGUUUGAUACAGGCUAUGAAUUCUCACAUGGGAUUUGGAACUUAAAUAAUUCCUGAGAGAAUGCAGUAAACACGAGGGUUACUUGUUAAUGGCAUGUUGUCUUCAUGUCAGAAAAUAGUCGUUUAAAAAGCUGAGAGCAUUUUCUUGAGACUGUACUGGUGUGCAUUAAAGUUGGAGGUAUUUGACAGCUCUUCAAAGACAAUUGGCAGUGAUGGGAUAAACCUUAAAUGUUUGAUACAUACAGUACUUUUUAAGGAAAAUAUAGCUGCGCUGGGGCAAAAUAUGUACACUAGGUUUUUUAAUAAAACUGUUAUGGUAACUCUUUUGGAUGUUUAUAUGCCUAUUUGAAUGCAAAUGGCUAAAUUGUGCCUCAUUAAGAAUGAGGAUAUGAUUAAUUUGAGAGUGUAAUAAAGUUAUCAUGGUGGCAUUACUGGCAUUGACCGAAGUGAUGUGUUUGUAGCAGCAUCUAUACAGUUACAAGUAUGAUCUCAACAGCAGACUAUCUGUAGUCUUAACUUCAUUAACCUAAUUAAAACUAAGAAAAAAAAAAAAGGUGCAUGAGAGAGUAUAGCACAGUGCUAUGUCAGGUUAUUGGUUGCUUUCUUUAGAUUUUAAUCAUAGUCAAGAAGGUACAUUUGGUUUUGUUCUUAAUUCUGAAAUAUCAUGUGCUUUUUAACUUCAAAAUAUCUGCAAAGAUUGUUGCACUACUACCAAAGGAACGCUUAUUUGACUUCCAAGUACAGGGCAAAACUUGAAUAUUCUGAAUGAGUGAUAAAUAGGGAUUUAUUUUUUGCUUGUUUAUGUUAAACAACUAUGUAGCAAGGCUUUAAACUGAAAGAAAACCUUUUAAUUUUUUACAAGUUUGUCAGGAGAAAUAGAAAUAUAAGUCUUAAAAGCAUCAAUUAUUUUAUUUGCUAUAUAGGUAGCAAUGGUGAAUAAGUCAUGUUUAGUUACAAUCUUUUCUUCUUAUUUUUAUUAUGGAAAGCUACCCUCAAUUUUGGUUCUUUACUACAUAUACAAUAAAUGUGUACACCUUGUCCAUGAAAUGUAACCUUUUAAGUUUGGCAGAUGGAUCUAACUUGAUCUACUAUUUAAGGGCUGCUACAAAAAUUACAUUUUUAAAGGAGUGUCACAAGUGGCAUGGCAGUCUUGGAUGUCACAGGCCUUAUUUUUGGAAUACAUUGAAGAAGCUUUAGCUAUUUGACCUGUGUGUUCUCCUUCUCACUUUUACCAAAGUUUUCUUUUACCAUUUUUAUUUUUGUCCUUAUUUAGCAUACCUGUGCAGUUAUGGCCUGUUAGUAUCCAGCUAUCAACAGCCAUUUGUUGCUUCUUAGCAAUGUUGUUCAGGUUGGUUUGUUUUCCAUGUUGUAGGAAGCAGUUGUGGCAGCUCUCUGCUGUUAGCAGACUAGAUUAAGAAAGCUGCUCUUAUGCUGUUAGCCCUGGUUUGGUUAAAAGGUGUAGAAUUGUCUCUGCUGGUUUGUAUUCAGACAAGGAUAAAUAUGAAAGGUUUCACAAGUCUGAAAUAGUGAAAUGGGAAAUUCUGGCAGUUGGUUGGAUGUUGAGGGAGAUUUUCUGAAAGCUUUAAUCAGAACACGGAGUUGGAGUGAUGUGUCACAGAGGCCACACUUCCACGAGAUCAUUUUAAGGUCAUAGAAUCUCCCAGCUUCCACAACUUGCCAAGAUGCAAGGAAGGAGAAGCAAAAAUAUGGUUACUGAGGAAAGUGAGUGGGAAAUUACAAUGUGAUAGGAAGCAUUACCAAAGAGUUGGAGGCAGAAGAAAGCUACUGGCAGAAGCAAAAAUAAGGUUGUGAUCAUGAGUAAAUACAAAACAAGCAUUGAAAUGCAGAUUGAGGUAAAAAAGGUGCACUUUUUAGAAAAGGACAGAACUUAUUGAAAAUUAGUGAGGUCUUUGUUGCAUAUGUUUGAGUGAUUUGGGUCAAGAAUUGAACAGCAUAUGAAGUAUAACAGGUGAUUAUGGGAGAGAAAUCAAAACCCUAGGAAAAUAGUUGCUUUUUCUUAGUAUAUACUAUUAGUACAUAACAGUAGGAACUGUUCAAUAGCAUAAACCAAAACACAGUUAUAUAUUACAUGGUCUAGGCAAAGUCAGAUGCAGAACUGUAGUAAAUCUGUAGCAUGAAGUGUGGCAAAAGACUUGAGGAUUGAAUCACCAUCGGAUGUGCCCCAAUUGACCUGUACAUUACCCCCUUUUAAAUCUUUGAAUGUAGGAAAAAGGAUUAAAAUUCUUUCCUUUACCUUUCAGGAGGACCUGAAAUGACAGAUGCAUUUAUAUUAUUCUAAAUGUAGGUUAACAGCGACUCUAUGGCAGCAUGUGCAAUAACUUCAUGGUGUGUUGAUGUAAGAGACACUCAUAUCAGAAACAAACACAAGCGAGGUAUAUUCCAUCCAUAGUACUUCUGCUGUGAAGAUACAGAUUAGAUCAGCAGUGCUGGUGGAGCAGAUGUAUGAAAAGAGCAACAGACAGUUACUCCUUAGCAUGAUUUCUUAAUACUGUGCUUUGAAAAACACUUUGCAACUCCUGUGUAUCCAUAAAUAUACAUACAUUGACUUCUAAAUCCCAGUUUACAUUGAGUUUAGCAGUGCCACUGUUUGCCUAACAUGUUGUCCUGGUUUAAGCCCAGCUGGUAACUAUGUACCAUGUAGCUGCUUGUUCCCUUCUCUUUUCCUCCCCUCCCUCAUGGAAUGGAGAGGAGAAUCAGGAAAAAAAGUAAAACUCAGGGGGUGAGAUAAGAACAGUGUAAUAAUUGAGAUAAAUUGAAAUACAAUGUUAAUGCUAAUAAUUGUAGUAAAGAGGGUACAGAGAAAUCCCAAGAAAAAUGAGGCACAGUACAGUUGCUCACUGCCUGCUGAAGAAUGACCAGCCCAUCCCUUAGCUGCACCUGACACCAUUUUGGAUAGCUUCCCCCAGUUUAUAUCCUGGGCAUGACCCUCUAUGCUUGGAAUAUCCAUUUGGCCAGUUUGGAUCAGCUGUCUUGGCCAUGUUCCCUCACAGCCUCUUGUGUGCCUGCUCCUGGCAGAGCAUGGGAAACUCUGGAGACCUUGAUUUAGGGUAAGCACUGCUCAGCAACAACAGAAACAUCAGUGUGUUAUCACCAUUGUUCUCACACUCAGUCUAAAGCACAGUACUUCUUAGUACUGGCUACUAAAAAGAAAACUAUCCCAGCUGAAACUAGGACACAAGUGUAACAUCAAGUCAAGCUGGAGAAUUCUUUGGAACAAAACAGUGGAUAGAGGGAUCUUUAUUCUGUUACGAGCGUGCCAUCUAUUGCUCGUGCUACCGUUUGGUUGGGAGACCUUGAGGGGCAGAAUUGGCUUUCCAGGUAUUCCCUGUUGCCCUUAAAUUCAGGUGAUUCAUAGAGAAGUUACCACCUGAUGUUCAAGGAAAACUUUGCUUCAGUCUAAGAUAACACUGCCUUCUUACUAUUGCUGCAGCAGAAGGAAAAAAACCCCAAACCGUUGUUGGUGAUGAUUGUAAUCUUAAUAGGUGAUGCAAAACGACUGACACUUCUGUCAGAUGGUGUGAUUAGUCAUGUUUCUGCUGCUUGUUUUCUGUACAUACUGAAAAUUUUCUAGUGUAAUUCAUAUUUAGCAGCCUUUUCUGUUGACAGAAAGCAGUUCAGAAUUUACCCCAGUGAGUGUGAACUCUGACUUAUUUUUGGAUAUAUUUGAGUGGGCUGUUGCAGACUCAGCUACAGCCCUGCUGGGUGCACCCUCGUUAGUAAGGGGCACUGCCUUUACUUGUGUGCCAGCUGCCAAAGCCUCCAGGGUGUGUCAGGAAAGCUUUGAUGCUGCUGGCAUUCAAGUUAAGGGCAUUAAUGCCAGCUUGGCUGUUCCUGUGGGUGAGGUACUCGUAUUUCAGAUUCCAGUGUUAGUAUAGGUGGGAUGAUGCAAAGUGGGAGUGAGUUACUUCAUCACUCACAGCCUUAGUUUCAAAGCUGCUGCUUGUCCAACUAACAAGAUAAUACAAUGUAAGAUACAGGUUUCAUCAUGAUUCCUACUCCUAUAAAAAGAGCAUUUAGCCAUUCUGCGUGGUGGUGGCUCUGCAAGAAUGCUACAUCUGGAGUACUUGUUCAGCUGCAGCUUCUUUCUCUUGGCUGGAUUUAUUCACUUGCAGCUGUCUAUGCAAGCUCUCGCUUUUGAAGGAAGUCAGGUGACUUAUGUGAAGCCUUAGCAGUUUAGAUCUAUUUACAGGAAUCAACCCAGUAGCACUGACUGGAGAGGAGGGAAGCACAUACUGGACUUGAAGGAACUAUCUACCCAUAAUGAGACUAGGACGGGCUAACUUCUUUUGUAUUUGCAGAGGCAAGCAAAGUGCCCAGUGGGAGAAUUCCCAUGGCACAUAAGCAGCAUUUCCACUUCUUUAUCAAGACAAACUUUCUCCACUUUAAGAUCAGUUUGUGCUUAUUUUAGACUUCAUUUAAGCCACAUGAGGAAAUCUUGCUGUAUAACAAUAAAAAUUUAUAUUUUUUUUCCUUU